AUGACACUGAUCUCCACCGCACUCCCUCCAGAAGCCCUCACCCAGGAGUGGACUAAGCUUGGGCCCGACGCCAGCCUGACCCUCAGCGCUCCAGGAAAGGAGCCCUUGCAGGUGCCCCUGGUGCCGCGGCCGGUGGAGGAUGCAGAGCUGAAGGAGUGCACGUGCUGGGACUGGAAGGGGCUCGCACAGGAUGAGGGAGAGGAAGCUGCCGAAUGGCUGACUGACUUCCUGGGCAAACCUGCCCGGCUUGUGCGCUACAUAGGUACUCCCGGGGCCGGCGAUGCACUGGCAGACCCGAAGCGCCGCGAGUGUGAGCUGCCAUUUGGAAAAGGCGUUGAGACGGCGUUCGCUGAUGGCUACCCUUUCCUCAUCACCACCGAGUCCUCGCUGGCGGACCUGAACACGCGGAUGCCGGAGCCGCUGCCCAUGAACCGCUUCCGCCCCAAUUUGGUCAUCGAUGACAGCGUGGAGCCCUGGGCGGAGGACGACUGGCAGGAGCUGACCGUUGUGGGCCCGCCAGACCGCAAAGUGGAGUUUGUGUCGCUCAAGCCCUGCUCACGCUGCAAGGCGCGCCGCUUCUCGCCUGCACUGCUUAGUCGUGCUGCUGUGACCACCACGGAUCAGGAGACUGCGGCGGUGGGCAAGGAGCCACUGAUGACGCUGGGCAAGUUCAGGAGCGGCAAGCUGCUGGGCUGGUCUGCGCUGGCGUCCUGGAAGCACGAGGUGUUCUUCGGCUGGAACCUGACCGCCACCUCACCCGGCACUGUCGCUGUCGGGGAUGACAUCAUCGUCACUCGCAAACGCACCACCGCCCUUGCCGCCUGAUGCGCGCCCCCGGUUACUAAGCCGGCAGGGGACUCUAAUCUAAACAUAAUGGUCCAGAAGAAUGCAUAAUGGACUCGAGGGAUUGCUUUUUUAAAGUUUGUGUUUCCCAUGUCAGUGCAUGCCCUAGAAUCUUCGGGCUGCCAACCAAACCUCCCAACAAAUUCACUUGGUGGCCACUCUUGAGAUCCUGACACAUCUGUUGCAACUGGAGAUUGGCACUCGGCUCAAGGUUUUCCUGCUUUGCAAUCUGCCAAAGGUAUCACUUGUGAUCAAGCCUACGUUUUCCCACAGCAAGACCACUAAACUUGACAAUAAUCUGUAAGAGGUCC